AUUCAAAAGCAAUUCAGGAAUAUCAGCGCUAUCAUGGAUUGUGUAGGAUGUGAGAAAUGUCGACUGUGGGGAAAGCUUCAGGUUCUUGGUCUUGGAACCGCACUAAAGAUUCUCUUCUCUGUUGAUGGUGAAUAUCGCCAUGAUCAACAUCUGCAGUUGCAAAGAAAUGAAGUGAUUGCUCUGGUAAACCUCCUUAAUCGACUAUCAGAAUCGAUCAAACUUGUACAGGAAAUGAGCCCUACAUUUGAGAAAACAAUUGGGGGGCUAAGUCUACAGCCAGCUGCUAAGCUAAUAAGUUCAUGGAAAAGACUAUGGGAAACAGUAGUAGGGGAUAGGUAAACAUCACUCUCUGUUGUUUGUGAUUAGUUAUUUGAAUCUAAGGGUCAGGUCAUUUAGCUUCUGCUAUUCUUUGUUUUCAAAGCUUGAACUGAGGCAAAUUUUAGCUUCGAAAAAUUUCUGAGUAAACUGCAAUAAAUGAUUUUUUUUAAAGUGUAGAACUGAAUAUCAAUUGGUUCUACAGGAUUUACAACAAAAUCAAACUAUAAAAGAGGAAGGAGGGAGCAAAAGCCUCCCCACUUUCUUGUUCCAUGAGUGAACAUCCACUCAUGUUUCUUUUCCACUUCUUUUUUGUUUUUGUGCCAAGCAGUUUGAUGCUAAUAAUUUGUAUUUCAACAAAAACUUUUGCAAUUGUCCAAGCCCCUGAAAACUGUGCACUGAUUGGAAUUUUUCGCAACAUGUCAUUUGUUGGAACUUCUCUAAUAUGUUGUCAU